UCCUCGUUUUCGCGGUGAUCUGAUGUUCUUGUGCCUUGGCAAUGCGAAGAAGAGGUUGCCCUUGUUCUCAUCCUUCCCCUUCUCAUCCUCCUCCAUCGAUCGCAUCACCACCAAGCUCCGCCCUUUCCCGGACUACUCCCCGAGAAAACCCACCAUCAACGACGCCGACCUUGUCCGAGACCUCACCACCGCCCUCAAGCAACGCCGUUCGGAACCCCUCCGCCGCAUCCUCGCCCCUUUCGCCCAGCGCUUCCGCCCCGAUCAUCUCCUUUGGGCUUUCUCUUACCUCCGCUCCGAUCUCCCCCUUGCGCUCUCUCUCCUCCACUGGUGUCGCUCCCGCAGGCAUCCCAUCCCUGCUGAGGCCCUCGCCAUUGCUUCCCACCUCUCCGUUGCCUCGAGGAAUCUCGAGUUUGCUCUCCAGUUGCUCCGCGAGGGCCUCCAGUCUCACAGUCGUUUCGUCGAACAGGUAAUCUACACCUACAAGCACUGGUCCUCUAACCCUUGUGUCUUUGAUUUGCUAUUCCGAGCAUUCGUCGACGCCGGGAAGCUCUCCGAAUCCCGUUCCCUCUUCUUUCAUCUCCUCACCUAUGGGAUCACCAUCUCCACCGACUCCUGUAAUGCCCUUCUCUCCCGCCUCCCAGUUGAUGACAUCCAGGCUGCUUUCACAGAGUUCCCUGAAUCUGGCCUUAGGUGGAAUGUGGUAUCGUAUAAUAUCCUGAUCCACAGCUUGUGCCAGGUUCGGAAAUUAGAAGAAGCUCAUGGGUUUCUUGUAAAGAUGGAAGAGAAAGAUGGUGUUUUGCCGGAUGUCAUUACUUAUAGCACUCUCAUUGAUGGGUACUGCAAAUCUGGGGAGCUUCAGGAGGCUCUGAAGCUGUUUUCAGAGAUGAGCAGCAAGGGACUGAAUCCAAACUCAUUUACUUACAAUAGUUUGAUCACUUUGCUGUGUCAUGAUGGUAAUGUAGUCGAAGCAGAAAGAUUGUUCAUGCAAAUGUUGAGUUAUGGGAUAGCUCCGGAUGCAGCUGUGUAUACUAGUUUAAUUAAUGGCUAUUCAAAGAAAGGCAAUUUGUUUGCUAUGCAUAGGCUAUUUACUGAAAUGAAGACUGCUGGACAUGCCCCUGAUGCUGUAACUUACACUGUUUUGAUAAGUGGAUUUGCUCAAAUGGGAAAGAUGCUUGAAGCAAAUGAGAUGUUUGUAGAGAUGCUCAGUAAAGGGUUAACCCCGGAUGAAGUGACAUAUUCAGCACUAAUCGCGGGCUAUUGCAAGGAAGGAAAGAUGGAGAAGGCCUUUCGUCUCCAUAAUGAGAUGCUUCAUGGUGGUUUACUACCCAAUGUUGUGACAUACACAACACUCUGUGAUGGUCUUUGUAAACAAGGGCAGGUGGAAGCUGCAAAUGAACUUUUGCACGAGAUGUGCGGGAAGGGUCUGGUGUUAAAUGUUUGUACUUUCAAUUCUUUGAUCAAUGGGCUUUGCAAAGCUGGCAACAUGGAUCAGGCUGUGAAGAUCAUGAGAGACAUGGAGGCUGCAGGACUUGCUCCCGAUAUCUAUACGUAUACCACUUUGAUGGAUGCAUAUUGUAAGUCUCAUGAUAUGGAUCAAGCUCGUCUUCUUCUCAAAGAGAUGCUUGAUAAAGGAUUGCAACCCAAUGUGGUGACUUUUAAUGUUCUAAUGAAUGGGUUUUGUGUUUUGGGGAUGCUAGAAGAUGGAAAGAUGCUUCUGAAAUGGAUGCUGGAAAAGAAUAUAAGACCAAAUGCCACUACAUAUAACACACUCAUGAAACACUACUCCAUUGAUAAGAAUAUGAAAGCUACUUCAGAAACCUAUAAAGGGAUGCUUGCACUUGGGCUUAUGCCAGAUGAGAAUACUUACAACAUUUUGAUUACUGGACAUUGCAAGUCAAGAAAUAUGAAGGAGGCUUGUUAUUAUUACAGUGAAAUGGUUAGCAAGGGGUUUAACCUCAGAAAGAGUUCUUAUAAUGCACUGAUCAAGUUGCUCUUCCGUAAAAAGAAAUUGCAGGAAGCAACUAGACUGUUUGAAGAAAUGAGGGCUAUGAAAUUUGUUGCUGAUAAGGAAGUAUAUAGCAUAUUUAUCGAUGUCAACUAUAAUGAGAAGAAUGUACAGGCCGUCCUUGAGCUUUGUGAUGAAGUGGUUGAAAAGUGCUAUGUUGAAGAAAAAUAACUUUUUGCCUAAAGAAGACUACAUUUCGUCUAAUAUUGAAUCAGUGGAACCAGGAUUUUUCCAUUUUAAUACUGGACUUGUGAUCUUUCAAAGUUUACAAAACCAUAAUGGUUUCAUCCAUUAUGCCUUUGUCAUUGAAAAGCUAGGUUGUCAAAAUCACACUGAAACUUCUAAAUGCAGAGAGUCAUUGUGACGGAGAAGAGUUUUCACUAUUUGGCCAUGCUGCUUGUGCUGCUUGUGUACCUUUCAAAUUUCCUUAUCCAAGCAUCAAGAUAAUCAAGAGAAUUGCUGCCAAACUUUCAUCUAUUCGGAAAGAGCUGCACUUCAACUGAGAGCCAUAUUCUUCUGAUCUAUGGGAUUGAGUUGAAUGAAAUUUUCAAGUUAGAUUUUGCAAAAGAUCCUCUUCCUCUCUGUAUUUGGGAAGCACUCUUCAACUAUUCACACAGUUGAGUUCUCAUCCUAAUGAAGCAAUCAAAAAACAAUUAGAGGGGCUAUUGUUGGUGCACACAAAACUAUCACAUGGUUUAUUGUGUCUCCUGCACGAUUUGGAUAAAGUGCUUGUGAAGGGGAGAGUCACAAACAGCUUCAACACUUAUUAGACAACGUGGUGCUAGAGCUCUCUUUGUUUACUUGUCAUUUUUCAUAUUUUUAAUUGUUUAUUUGUCUAUAACAUUGCGUGUUAUGUUUAACCCUUCAGUAAGUUGAAUCUCUUUGUUUUUUUUUAAGUCCAGUAUAACUUCCAUGGGAAGUAGGUGCAUGAUGAUCAGCUUGUAAUAAUCGUACCACGGAUGAUUAUUGUUCUUCAGGAAGCUCAAUGACUUAGCACCUUCAUUCUGGAAUGCAGAUGUAAUGGGGUGCAGUAGUUUGCUAAAAGAUGAAGCUGCACAGAUUGGUAAAAGUUCUACCUGUAGUUAUGCUGAAGAUCUCGACUUCUCCUGUGGGGGUAAAUACGAGAUGUAUUAUGCCCAUUUGAUGAAUUACUUGGGAGCAUCGCAUCAAAAAUAGUCAUCUAUAUCUAUGAGGAAGCUCUGAGUCUGACAUUACUUCAUCGUCUGGUCUUCCCGGAACUGGUUUUGUGAAGCAAAAUUCAAUGUUAUGUUAUUUAAAAAUCUUAGAUAUCACUUGACCUUCCUGAAGCAUCAAUCUGGUUAUCAAUGAAGUGAAGAGUGAUGUGGUUAACUUUGAAUAGGAAUUUCUUGAAUGUAGCUUAGAACAGUGAGAGGACUGUAACGAAAUUAACUGUAAUUUAGAUUCUUUUGAUUUGAACAACAGAAAGAGGAAGAAGCACAGAAGUAAC